AUGCCUUUUCAAGGGUAUAGUCAGGACUACCUCGAUCAGAUGGCUCACAACCACUAUUCCACCAGAUUUGACCCAGACAAUUACAAACCUUACCCAUCCGCAUCUGACACCCCAUGGCUUUAUCGGAACCGAUUCCAUCAGAUGGCGCCCGACUACUCUCCUACAGCAUCCGGUCCAGGAUACCUCAGUGAGGGAAUUCCGCGCCCGUCAUUUACAUCCAAUAACCCACAAAUGGCCCCUAAUAAUCUUUCCGAAGCACCUGGUCCAAGAUAUCACCAGCAACCAUACCAGCACUCAGCAUUAACAUCUAAUAACCUACAAAUGGCUUCCAUCUACUCUUCCGCUGAAGCCGGUUUAGGAAAUAGAAAUAUGCGGAAUCCGUGUUCUUCAUCUAUGGCCAAUCAUAUACCAAUGACUCCCGAUUGCUUUCGAGCAACAUCUGGCCCGGGAUACCUCCAUGAGGGAUAUCUGCACCCAUCAGUCACAUCCAACAAUCCACAAAUGACUUCCAACUACUCUUCCGCCGCAAUGGGUCCAGGAAAUAGAAAUGUACAAAAUCCAUAUGCCUCAUCUAUGGCCAAUCAUAUACCAAUGACUCCCGAUUGCUUUCGAGCAACAUCUGGCCCGGGAUACCUCCAUGAGGGAUAUCUGCACCCAUCAGUCACAUCCAACAAUCCACAAAUGACUUCCAACUACUCUUCCGCCGCAAUGGGUCCAGGAAAUAGAAAUGUACAAAAUCCAUAUGCCUCAUCCAUGGCCAAUCCUUUACCAACGACUCCCAACUACUUUCGCGCAGCAUCCAGUCCAGGACACCUUCUCAACGAGACAAGCCCGUACCGAUCAUUCCCAUCCAACAACUUACCAGUUGUUUUGGACUUCUUUUCCACAAGACCUUAUCCAGGCCAAAUGGGCGACCGGAACCUAUAUGAGUUAGCUAUAACCAACUAUCUAGCAACGGGUGGCAGUAUCUUCCCCACUAGACCUAUUCCCAGCAACAGCAAUGAGCAUUGCCAAAGUCCAACAUCCACGACCAACAGCCAACAAUCACAAAUUUACACCCCCUCCAGCUCACCCAUAUACACCCCUUCCAGCUCACCCUCCCCAUCAUCCGAGUCUCGUCUACAAACCCCACAAUCACAACCAGCAACCGCCAUCCGCCCUCAAAAUUUCACUCCAUGCCCCAUCUGUCUCUCCUCCAUCUUUUCCCUUCCCAGAAUCAUACUCGCCCAUCCAUGCUACCACGAAUUUUGCCUUCCAUGUAUCCAGCGCUGGAGCCGAUUUGAACGCCCACGAGACGUUGUAUCACAAUCACAAUGUCCGGUUUGCAGGGGGGAAAUAUGUCGAAUUGUGCAUAGGAAUGGGAAUACUGUGCUAGGUAUGGGUGAUGAGGUUGCGGUUGAGGGAGAGCGAUUGAUUGCGGCUUUUCGGCGAGAUAUUGAUAGUUUGAGACGUAAUAUGUCUGGGGCUUCGGGUUGA